AUGACACGAGUCAGAAGGCCUCUGCGAGCAUUAUUUUUAGGCGCUCCAGGAGCUGGAAAAGGAACUCAAGUAUCUCGCCUUUUAAGAGAUUUUAAAGGAAUUCCUGCCAUCUCUUCUGGAGAUUUGUUACGAGAUAACAUCCAAAAAGGCACUAAGGUCGGCAAGGAGGCAGCCACUAUCAUCAAAGAUGGUGGCUUAGUCCCAGAUUCAACAAUGGUAUCUCUUAUUGGUACCGAACUUCAAAAUCGUGGAUGGCUGAACUCUGAAAGUUCUUGGCUGUUAGAUGGGUUUCCUAGAACCGUUAGUCAAGCUCCAGCACUCGACUCUAUCUUGAAUAAAAGUGGAGCUGCUCUGAAUCUUGUGGUGGAACUCAAGGUUCCAGAGGAAGUUAUCCUUGAUAGAAUUGAAAACAGAUGGGUUCAUGCCAAAUCUGGUAGAAUAUAUAAUUUAACUUUCAAUCCUCCUAAAGUACCAGGUAAGGACGAUAUCACUGGAGAACCACUGACAAAACGACCCGACGAUAAUCCAGAAGUGUUUAAACAGAGACUGGACAAGUAUAGAGAGAUGACCCUUCCUUUGCUUGACUAUUACGGUGAAAAGGGUUUACUCCAUUCGUUCCAAGGUGAGACCUCGGAUAUUAUUUAUCCUCAAAUCAAAAAGUUUGUAGGAACCAAUUUCGCUGAAUAG